AUGCGACGGGAAGAGCCCCUCUUGAGUCGCGGCUGGGUGCUUCAAGAACGAAUUCUCGCGACACGCACUUUGCAAUUCACAAGCUACAACAUGCGGUUAGAGUGUUCAAAGCAAGUCUUCACCGAGCCCCAAUUUGUCGACGAAUACGGCACCGCGAAAGAAACGUCAUUGCAAAGAAUAGCCCAGGGGCUUGAAAGUAUCAAAAACGCGGCACCAACCACAGGCACGCAGCAGAUACAGGUUCCGGCAGUCAUCGGGAGGUCCUAUGGAUGGCGCGUAUGGGCCCGCAUGAUUGAGGAUUACACAUCGCGCAAUCUGAGUUUUGCGUCCGACAAAUUCCCCGCGCUAGGUGGCGUGAUUUCAGCCCUACAGGAGCUCACUAGCGAUACCUGCUUUGCCGGCAUAUGGAAGAGCUGGUUUCUACAAGGUCUACUUUGGCGCUUGCAGGAUCCCGACUGGGACGAGAGGGCUGUUCCUUGGAGAGCUCCGACAUGGUCGUUCGCGUCUGUCGAAGGAGUCGUGUUAUAUCAACUCCUCGAGGAGAAUUUUGAUCAAGGACUGUGCGCAGGACUGCUGAGCUGCGAACUCACGCCUAAGGGUAGAAAUCCUCUUGGAGAACUUACAGACGGAUUCGCCAAGAUCAAAGGGCCGAUAUCUGCUGUGUCUGCUGUUUCAUUGGAUCUAUCGCUUAACGGCAGAGAGUGCAUGGUGAGCAUGACAAACGGUAGGCUUGCUGAAGCCAGUAUCUACUUUGACAUCGACGUGUACGACUCCUGCCAAGUCCUCAUGAUCACUCCUCACAUGGGUGUUGCUAUUAUACCGACCGACGUCGCCGAAAGGACAUACACAAGAGUUGGGGUGGUCUCGGUGUACAGAGUCUUUGACCCAGGCAGUGACACUCGAAGUCGCGGCAAGCGGGCACACGAGAACCGCGACAGGUCGAUUUCGGCGUCUCACUACCCAAGUCCGGAGAACAUCACCCUGCUGUAA